ACACUUUUGAUCCACUUCCGAAACCCUAGCCCUUAGGUUUCCUUCGUGUUCUCCAAGCUCGAACCCGAGCUUCACCUCUCAAGCUCAAACAAGAGCUUUGAAAUCCGUACUCCUUUAACUAUCCUACAAAACCCUACUGAGAAACACAAAACCACAAUCAAGCAAGAUAUAAAUUGAUCUUUGGUUUAGUUAGAGAUAAACAAACAAACAAACAAACAAAAACAAUAGAGAACAAAAGAGAUUUGAUUUUGGAGUUCACCCUAAUCUAGGGUUACAUCUCCAUCAAGCUCGCGUCAGAGAUGCUUAAUCGUGGACUAUCAACAUCAAAAGGUUACAAGAAUCAAGUGUGAGGAUCCAAGCUACAACAGAGCAAUGCAAUCUCUCUCUCUCCCUCUCUCUUUCUCUCUAUGUUUUGUUUUACUAGUUUUCUCUCAACUUUUCCUCUCUAACUCUCUUUGUUUUUUCUUUUAUAGGUUCUUCACUUCGAGCUUGUUCUCUUUCUAAUUGGAAAAUAUUCUGAUAAGGUUUUCUCUUAUCUGAAGCUUCUUUUCCUUUUCUAUAGUCUAUUAGUGAGAGUAGGCUUAGUUGCUGAGCUGGAUAAGUUUGUUAUAACCGAUUUAGUUGUAGUAGGCUUAAAUUUAUUUCGUGUAACUGCUUAAUUUGUUAAUAGUAUUGUAACAGACUGUUUAUAUGAGAAUUUAACAACAACACAUAGAUAAUAUAUGUAGUUAUAAUGGUAAUACCGUUUCAAUCUCAAGAUACUAAGUUCGAAUCUCCCUUUCUCCAUAUGUAAAAAAUAAUAACUCGUAAUUAAUAUAUGGAAUAAAUGAUAAUAGUAUAGUAAAUUUACCUUUAAGAUUAGAUAGAUUAAUUAAAUGGAUUAUCCAACUAUGGUUGAUUAACUGAAUUUUAAAGUAUCUAUUUAUUAGGUUUUUUCCAUUUUUAAUGUUAAUUAGGGUUUGAAAAAUCCAACAAGUGAAUAUUGGUUAAUAAAUAGAACAACUUAAUUUAAGGUUUAGAAACAUACCACUUCAUUUUGAUCCUAUAUUUGAAUUGAGACAACAAUAACAGAGUAGAUUGGAUUGGGCUCUUUUUUUUGUAUUUUGAGUAUGGUUUUUUUGAAAUUACGUGUAUAUCUGUAAAGUUCUCCAAUAAUUACGAUGGUCCACACAAGAAGAAAAAUAUUGUAACAGUCUCCGCCAUGAAACUCCAGUCCGUCUCUUCCCCAAAAACCCCCAAAACCAAUAGCCGAACCCCCAGUUUAUCUGACUUCGACCGAACCCUCCUCUUUUCCGACGAAAUCCUUCUCAGAAUCCUAGCCAAGCUGCCCGACUCCCAACGCGACGCCAAUUCGCUGGUCUGUAAAAGAUGGCUCUUUCUGCAAGGUCGUCUGGUACGGUCUCUCAAGGUUUUGGAUUGGGGCUUUAUCCAGUCCGGUAGGUUAACGACUAGGUUCCCAAACCUGAUUCAGGUCGAUUUGCUUUCUGGGUCUCUGAUUUCGACUCGGAAUUCGGACAUUUUGUUGAACCACAAAAUGUUUUCGGUGCACAUCGGUUCUCAUUUUUCGCCGGAAUCCGAAGCUUUUCAAACCCAUUUGCUUUCACCCGAGGUUAUUGAUAGAGGGCUUCGGGAAUUAGCAAACGGUUGCCCUAAUCUUGGCAAAGUGGCACUUGUUGGUGCUACUGAACUGGGUCUGCUGAGUUUAGCUGAAGAAUGCUCGACUUUGCAAGAUCUGGAAUUGCACAAGUGCAAUGACAACCUCUUACAUGUUAUAUCUGCUUGUAAGAAUUUGCAAAUACUCAAGCUGGUUGGCAAUUUAAAUGGGUUUUAUAGUUCGGUGGUUUCGGAUAUUGGGCUGACAUUUUUGGCUCAAGGGUGUAGAAGACUAGUUAAGCUUGAGCUCAAUGGUUGUGAGGGAAGCUUUGUUGGGAUGAAAGCAAUUGGGCAAUGCUGUCAAAUGUUGGAGGAAUUGAUCAUUUGUGAUCAUAGGAUGGAAGCUGGGUGGUUAUCUGCACUUCCAUAUUGUGAGAACUUGAAGACUUUGAAGUUUGUGUCUUGUAAAAAGAUUGAUUCUAGUCUGGAAACAGAUGAGAAUUUUGGUUUAUGUCCAGCUCUUGAGCGUUUGCAUUUUCACAAGUGUCAGCUAAGGGACAAGAAGACAGCUAGUGAUUUGUUCACCUUAUGUGGGGCUGUUAGGGAGAUUGUCUUGCAGGACUGUUGGGGAUUGGAGAAUGAUGUGUUCAUUUUGGCAAGCAUUUGCAGGAGGGUGAAUAUCCUGUCUUUAGAAGGAUGCUCAUUGCUAACGACAAAUGGUCUAGAGUCAGUGAUCCUUUCAUGGAAGGAGAUUGUGAGUCUCAAAGUGGUAGGCUGCAAAAACAUUAAGGAUGAGGAAAUCUCUCCUGCAUUGUCUAGCCUAUUCUCCAUGCUUAAAGAGCUCAAAUGGAGACCUGACACCAAAUCUCUUCUUGCAUCAAGUGUCAUUGGAGCUAACAUAGGAAAGAGAGGUGGUAAAUUUUUCAGAGGAUUUUAGACCAUAACAUCUUCUUGUUGCUGUUGUUGUUGCUGUUACAUUUGGAUCAAAGUUUAUUUCACCUUUGAUCUUGAUCUCACAAUCUCCAAUCUGCACAAUACACAGAAUAAAGUGGAUGAUCCUAAAGGGUCUUGUCAUAAAGAUAGAGGAGCAAGAUCAUGCUUCAUUUUCAUGAAAACCACAGAAACGAAAAAGUAAAACAAGGAAUGUAAUGUAAUUGCAUUACAUUUGUUGUAGUACUUUUGCAGAUUGCAGAUUAAUUUUCUUUUGAGUAAUUUUAGCUUUUACAUGUAUAAAGGUGCCCAUAACUUCUGUAGAUUUGCACUCAUUACAGUGCAAUAUAGAGUAGUUUAACGAGGUAGAGAAUUAGAGUUUUUACUCUAGUCUAGAACAGAAAGAAAGAAUUACAGUACAUUUUACUGAAGAAAGGAUGUUACAUUUGUAGUCUUGUCAAUUUAAAUGAUGGAUGAAUUCAAAUCUUGAUUACUUCUCGAGUUUAA